AUGCCUCCCCCGAAUAAAAGAAAACGCCAACUUGAGGCUGCGAAAAAAUCAAAAGUUGAGCGUGCGCAUUUAAAAAAAAGUAAGACAAUGCACAAAGAUAAUUAUUUAUUAGAUUAUGAAUUAGUUGAUGAAGAGCUUGACGAUCAUAUUUGGGUGGAUGAAGAAAUCGAUGAAAAAGCUGAUAGUUACUUUGAAGUUUUACUAGCAGCUACUAGGAAUAAUAAUACUUGGAAAAUUGUGGGUAGACCUACUUAUAAUUAUGGUGAUUCUGGAAGAACAUUAAGACGAAAAAAAGCUGAACUAAAAAAAGCUGCGCAAAACACAAAAUUUAUUACUUCUUACUUAUCUAAAUUUUCAGCUGCAAAUGCAGCAGUACAAUUAAUGGAGACAAAUUUGGUUGAUGAGGCUGUAGAUACAAUAGUGAUUGAUGAGUAUGGAGAUACAAUAAUGGUCGAUAAUACUGUAAAUUCAAUAGUGGAAUCAGCAGAAAUAAAUGUGAACAAUGAUAAAGCCUACAAUAUGUUAGAAAAGAACAGUAAACAAGUUAAUAAAGGAACUAAGGUUCGUUUACAAGCAUUACAAUAUUUGCGUUUGAGAUAUCAAGGUUGGACUAAAAUAAAUUCAAGUGCGACGAUUGCUGGGUCAUUAGGCUGGGGAGCUUACAAAACUAG